AACAUAAUAGCGCAGCACCGACGCCGAUGAAGUUGUAUCAAUAUUUCCUACCGGCUUUUUGUCGUUAGCCUAGCUUCUCUUUUGACUAACCGUCGCUCAGCUACAAUAACAAUGACGACGUAAGUUUUAAGCUAACUUAACAAUAUCUGGUGGCGGUGACGGGUCUCUGUAUUUUCCAAUGAGCCACUCAACACUGAGUUGAAUCCAGGGGGGCUAAAAAUACUCGCUCACCAAAUUUGACUGUUCAGCUGUUGCAGCUAACACUGGCAGCUGCUAAACCCUGUAACAGUGUUAGCUGCUAGUUUGGGUAAGUAGCUUCUUGGCUUGUUUUAAAUUAAACAGAAGGUUAAUGAAAUAAUGGCUGUGAGUAGUUCAACAAUUGGUGUGUUUGUUGUUAAGAUGACAGCUUGAGCCAGUUGGAGGCCUAAAGCUAUUUUGAAGACUUGUGUAUCUUUCAUCAUGGUAGUGUGUCAUUAUGUAAUGCUAGUAUGAACCAGAAGUUAAUGGAAGCAACAGAAACAAAAGAGUUACUGUCACAUGAAUUAGGUCUUUCCUCUGUCAUUGCAGUUGUAUAACGACUGAGUAUCCAUUAAAUAAUUACACUACAUUAGAAGAAAGGUACUUUUGGGACUCUUUUUAAUAUAAUCUCCAAUUGUUGGUGUUUCCUCUUCAUUUCUUCCAGCAUAACUCCAUCUUGAAUGCAAACAAAACCCUUUAUUUUUUCCUCUUGGGUUGUAAAAAAAGGAUAAAAAUAGAUUUUGACUUGGUUGCAGUCUUGUUUAGCUUGGACCAGAUAAUCAAGGCUUUCUAAAAUCUCAUCUCAUCUCAAUAUCUUCAAAUGCAUAAGGCUGGAUACAUGUAUGCAAGUCCUAUUUGAGGUAUCAUAGGCUGCCAUUCAUCCCCUGUUUGGUUAAUUGUUGUAUGACUUUUCACAGGGACGGUUCCAACAGUGAAAUGGCCGAGGCUGUUGCAAAUGUGGCUCGGAGGAUUAAUGCAACUGUGGAGGAGGGAAAAGACAGUUUAGGUAAGAUUCCUAUCAUCACAGCUUUUUCCUCUGUGUCCCAGGACAGGAGUGAGUAGUCCUGAUUUAAAAUUCUGAUAAGUUGUUGUAUCAAAUCCCUCCAGCAGGUGGUGACAAAUGCUUAUAUUUAUUUGCCGAGAGUACCACAAAUGUAAAUUGUGAAAGUUGAGGUUAUUUAAAUCUUGUUUAAGUGUUAUAAAUUGUGAAUUAAAGACAUUUAACAUUGACCUGCUAUGUUUUUUCUCACGUUAUCGUUCUUCUGUUUUGCAGACUUGUCAAACUGCAAGCUCAUAUCUUUCCCAGAUGGAGUGUUCAAGGUUUUGCGAAGUGUCACAGAAAACAUCCGCAUUAUCUCACUGGCUGACAAUGAGAUGAAGGCCAUUUCCAGCAAGCUCUUCUCUACCUUUACUCAGCUGAGAGGUAAUGGAUAAAUGGAGUCAACCUCCAGAAAAUAUUGUGUUGGCUCUCUGGCUUCAAGCAACCCCUUUAACCAUGUCUUUUAUCACCUUGCAGAACUGGACCUGCGGGGCAAUGUCCUCACCAAACUGCCUGACAGUGUUGGAGAAAUGGAGCACUUAAUUAGCAUCAAUCUGGCUGGUAAUGGCUUCUCCAUCUUCCCUGAUAAGCUGACUGAAAUAGCAACACUGGAGAGAAUUAACCUGGAAGGAAAUAGCAUCACAGGUGAAAUAUAUAUACAUAAAUAUAGAUAAACAUACUUGAUUUAGAGUGCUUAUAACUUAUUUUUUCCCAUUAUGCAACUCAUAAGCAUUAUGUUUUUUUUUUUUCAGAGAUCCCACUGGAGAAGUUGUCUAGCAUGCCUGCUCUGAAGUGGCUAAACGUGAAGUCAAACCCUUUGGACUCAAACACUCGGUCUGCUCUACAAUCACCCCACAGUUUCGAUGUAUUGACGACAACAGAGUCCUAAAAUACGUCUCCACUCAUCUGCGGACUGCAUGCUGUGUGCCUUAAACUACUUUUGUUGGAUGUUUACGUGUGUCUGAGAGAUGAGAAAAUUUUAGUACUUGAAAAUGACAAGCGUGUUUACAAGAGACGAGAGAAAAACUGUGUGUAAAGAUGACAUCCUUUUUGAUUCAGAUAUUUAAACUCAUGGUUGCUGUUUGGGGGUUAAAUCAAUCUAUCUUCCUUCGCCUUUUGACAUGUUUUUGUCUCAGUUUGGACAAAAGUCAGAAUUAUUUACCUUUUUAUUGAUUUUAAAAUUCUGAAAAUAUUUUUUCAAUUAAAAAGUGCUGGAAAUAGUGCAGUGUGGUGGAUGUGUUAUUUUAUUAUCAUUAUUAUUGACUAGUCACUCCUUCCUAAAACUCUUAGCUGCUGGUCAAUAUUUCAACACAUAAAGGCUUCCAUAAAUUAUUUCAAGACCUAUUUUUUCAAUUUAAUCAGUCUUCUGUUCAGAUGAAAUAAUGAAAAAUAUGUCUCUCUUGAAUAUCUAACACAAAACUGUAGGUCCAUUUGUAGCAGCAUAACAAGAGAAGGCUGUAAACUCACUUUUGAAAAGCUGAAAACAGGCACUAUUCACCGCAAAGUUUCAAAAUCAAUUUUUCAGACCGACAGUCUCCCUGUUAGAGCUCUAGUUUUAUUAGCAAGGUAUGGGGAUUCAAAUUCACAUACCCUUGGCUUGAUUUGAUAAACUUCAAUUUACACAGUUUUUGGACCUAAAAGGAAUCUUUUCACAAACAAUUUCUAUUUAAGGCUUAAUCCUUAUUUCUAGAGAAAAGCAAAAUAUUCUCAAACUUCCUAUCCACCUGGAGCAUAUGUUUUAUUCAAUAUUACACUUAUAACACAUACUAAUAUACGCAAUAAUAAAGCACAAUCCCUGUAUCUACUAUUGAGGCUUCAGGUUGAUUCAGAGUCAAGAGUUCAAAGUAAACUGUAAAGGCUUUUCAAGAAUUCUUUAAAUAGCUUUCCUGGUGAGUCUGGGUCAUGAACAGGCUCGGGUCUGGCAGGCUAUUUUGAGCUUUUGUAGUAAAUUAACAAAGAAAUGCUAGAAGAGUGGAGCAGUGAUUUAAGUAUGAAUUUUAUAACCCUUUUUUGUGCAAAAUAAAUAAAUACAUUUUACGGCAAAGAAGGAUGGCAUAAAACAUUAAAACCUACAAGUGCGCAAAAGAGUAAAGUAUUAUGGCUGAGAGCAAUCUGUAGUAAGGUGUAAGGAUUAAAGUAUUAUGUGACGGUUCUGCUGCCCAGUCUGUGACCUUCUACUGCACACCAUAUUAACUUCCGACUCACCUUGCGUUGAUUCUAGGCUACAGUGUAUAAAUCAUAAAAGGAUACUGCUGCUGUCAUUCCUCUGCUUGUGCAGUUACACAUAUUACGCUGUUAGGCGAAGGCAAUCUUUUUUAUUAGUGUUUACAAUGGGAGAAGUUUAACAUUGUGUGUUUUAGUUGCAUGAUUACUCCACACUCUCUUGAAAUUACCAGCUUCUUGUAUGUGAUGUAAUAAACACUCGAGUUAGUAGCCAUAUUAGCAGUGGGUGUGAAUGAGUGUGAUAAUAAACAUGUCUUUAACACAUCAAA